AUGUGGGCGAUUUGUUUUGUUGAUGAUUCAACCGCAAGGUCAGAAUUAUGGAGUUGUAACAUUGUCUACUUUGUCUUUAUCUCCUACGCAAUGAUAAACAUAAGGAAAUUGCAGGAGAAGUUUAAGGACUUAUUUCAGGAUGUGCAUGGUUUGCGACCACGGAGAGCUGUGGAGCAUGAGAUCCAGUUGGUAGGAGAUUCACCUCUACUAAACUUGGGUUUGUAUCGCACUUCUGUGACGGAAUCUGACGAGAUCAAGAAGCAAAUUCAGGGACUUCUUGAACAAGGAGUCAUCAAACCUAGCUACUCACCAUGUGGUUCACCAGUGUUACUCGUGCCUAAUAAAAACAGAGGCUGGCGUAUGUGUGUAGAUUAUAAGGCACUCAACAAAAUAACCAUCAAGAAUCGGUAUCCAUUGUCGAGGAUUGAUGACCUGCUAGAUCAACUACAUGGUGCAAGCUACUUCACUAAGCUUGAUCUCAAAUCUGGCUAUCAUCAAGUCUGCAUCCAUGAAGAAGAUACUUGUAAGACUGCAUUCAAAAUAGAGCAGGGACUGUUUGAGUGGUUAGUCAUGCCAUUUGGGUUAUGUAAUGCUCCAGCUACCUUCAUGCGAUUGAUGAAUGAGGUACUCCGCCCUUUGAUUGACGACUUCGUCAUUGUAUAUUUGGAUGACAUUGAUAUUCAAUGGUACAUGGGAGGACCAUUUUCGUCAUAUUACUCAAGUUUUGGAGGAGAACUGAAAGUGGACCUAGAGAAAGUCACCCUUACAUUCUCUUACAAAGGCCAAUCAAAGAGACCAUUUGAAGUGGAAGUAGAUGCAUCAAACUAUGCUAUGGGAGCCGUAUUAUUUCAAGAUGGAAAACUAGUUGCAUACCAUUCUGAGAUGUUUAGUGGACCGGUAUUAAACUAUCUGACUUAUGAUAAGGAGUUGUAUGCAAUGCAUCAAGCAGUGAAGCAUUGGAGAGCUUACUUGUUGGGAAAAGAUGGAAACUUCUUCUGUUUUUAA